AUGACUUUAUCAAGAACAGCUCGGUUUGGCGCUGUAAGCGUCUGCAGAAGCUUGUCUGGUGUGCAGUUGCAAGCUUUCUCAGUUUCAAGCGUAGCUAAAGCUGGCUCACCUCGCUCCACCCUCUCAACAACAUGGGUGCCAACUGGUGGCAUGACUGCCAAUGAUGAUGAGUUUGGUCAUGCAAAGCUUGUACGAGGUGGUUUCCUCCGUCAGGCUCACUCUGGCAUUUUCCAACUUUUACCAUUUGGUCUUCGCGUUCAGGACAAAAUAGAAAAGUUGAUAGAUAAGCAUAUGCACUCAGUUGGCGCAUCUCGAGUAUCUCUAUCGACUAUCUCAUCUGAGGAACUAUGGCAAAAGAGUAAUCGUCUUGACUCUGUUGCACCAGAGCUUUUUCGACUCACAGAUCGUAAAGACACGCCGCUUAUCCUCUCUCCAACUCAUGAGGAGGAAAUAACCACACUUGUGGCUGGAAUAGUCAAUUCGUACAAGGAUCUACCUAUCAGACUUUACCAAGUUACCCGGAAAUACCGUGAUGAGCGUCGCCCUCGCCAUGGUCUGUUACGCUCACGAGAGUUUCUCAUGAAGGAUCUUUACACUUUUGAUCUUACAGUAGCUGAAGCUGUCGAUACCUAUCGCCAGGUUUCAGGAGCUUAUCGCGCCUUUUUUGCUGAGCUUAAGCUUCCUUACCUUGUUGCCGAAGCAAGUUCUGGAGACAUGGGUGGUGAUCUUAGCCACGAGUAUCAUCUACCCAGUUCCGUUGGCGAGGAUACCAUUGUUAGCUGUGAUACUUGCCACUACACUGCCAAUGAUGAGGUUGCCGCGGCUCGGCCACCCUCUGCUGGAGCAAAGGGUACAUCAGACAUCCCGGUGUCUCAAUUCAAUGUUUGGCGAGGUAUUUCUAAGGAUCGUAAGGUCCUCAUCAACGCUUGGUACCCUCGAUCAUGUGAUGAUUCCACCGACAGUGGCCUCAGCCUUCACGCCGUCAAGUCAACUGUAGCUGAAUUGGAUACCACGAUCGAGGACCCCUUGCCGCUCUGGGGAGAGACACUUAAGAACGGAAAUGCACAUGUUGUUAAUGUUGUUGACAGUAGACUCGCAUUGGCAUUUGGGAGCCUUCGAAACCAGCUGCCAUUAAUGCCCCAAAAUCACGAGUCUUAUCAAGUUGAGCACUCUACAGUUGACAGCACAGACUCUGGCGAGGGACUGAACUUGGUUCAGAUUGCUGAUGGUGAUGGCUGUCCUCGCUGUGAAAAGGGCACCCUGAAGAUUCAUCGUGCUUUAGAGUGUGGUCACACAUUCCAGCUUGGCACUCGUUACUCAGUACCUCUUGACGCAUGCGUCAAUCUUCCGCAAUCAGGACUUUCCACGGCAGCCCAAAAAGAAGGCCUGACUCCAGGCAGUCGUGUACCUAUUCAAAUGGGAUGUCACGGUGUUGGUGUUUCGAGAAUCUUUGGCGCUGUAGCUGAGAUUCUCGCAGAUAAGCGGGGACUGAACUGGCCUCGAGCCAUAGCUCCUUUUGAGGUCGCAAUUAUACCUGCAUCUGACCUUUCUGAGGAGCCGUUGAGAAUUUAUGAUACGCUUACCAUUGAUAACGGAACAGAGUCUACAUUUGACGUCGUUCUCGAUGACCGCAAUCGAUCAUUUGGCUGGAAGAUGAAGGAUGCCGAUAUGGUAGGAUACCCUGUUCUGGUGAUUCUUGGCAGGUCCUUCAAGGAGAAUGGUACCUGUGAGGUACAAUGUAGAAGACUUUCGGUCAAGGAGAAUGUGAAGGUUGAUGCGCUACCCGAAUUCAUCUCAGGUCUACUUGACCAGCUGUAA